UUGGAACUCAUGAGAGCUGGAUCUAUUUUCAGCCUCCAGCAGUCUCCCACUGCUCUGGGGGAAUGGGAGUCAUAAGACCAGGAGGGAAUGGGGGCGUCUGAACCGGGCCAGCUACAUCCUAAAAAGAUGGAGGGGUCAACAGUGAGAGAUUGGUGGCAUACACAGUACAGACAGUUAUCACAUUACCUUGCCCUGCUGUUUUCUGCUGAGUGUGGCCACACUCCUACAGACCUUCUACUACUCAAAGACCUGACUCAGAAGCUGAACACCCUGAACAACUCCUACGUCCUCCUCUUCCACAAGUACCCAACACUCAACCUGUACAGUCCUGUCACCACCCCCAGUGAGCGUGAGUGCAGGCCGUGCCCAGAGGGAUGGGACUCUUUUGGGGAGAGAUGCUGCCUCUACACCCAGGAGAGACAGAACUGGAUCUCCGGCCAGUACCACUGCUUGUCUGUAGGGGGCAACCUUGCCAUGGUGAAGAGUGAGGAGGAGCAAAUCUUCCCGUGGAAGAGAGCCAAGGAGCUGAGCCAGGGAGACUCCUACUGGAUCGGCCUGAAGAACGGUAACCCAGGCGGGGCUGGCACUGGGUGGACAACUCCCCGGUGGAAAAAGGGUUUUUGGGAUAUUUCUUGGUAUCACGAGCCAGAGAAGGGGGACACCAGAGAGCUGUGUGCCCGGCUGUCGCAAGGAGACAGCCACAGGGCCGUUUGGUACGCCACCAUGUGUAAGAACAGCCUGAAGACCAUCUGUGAGAAGACCCAGGGCACCCUGCAGUGACAUUCCCCUCCUCUCCUCUUCUGACAUAGUGUGAGGUUAGGGUAGCCACAGUCAGUGCAGUAUGAUUGCAUGAAAAAUCCAAUGUGUCUUUUGUGGGCCUAAUUGGUAAUUGUGCAUUGUAUCUACAACUGAAAAUAAAGUUGCCGUAAAAUUGCUAGC